UGAACUAAGUCAUUUAAAUUCAUUUCGAAAUUUUCGUAGUUCGUGCAUCCUGCUAAUGAAAAAAUGCCAGGGGCGGAGCUGCCACAACCGCAGCCCUGUGGGUUUAUAAACAUCGGACUUUUGCUUGAAUCGCCCAAAACCACCCAGUGCCCUCCGAUAGAAGGAACACGAGAUUUUCAAAAUGUGGCGAAUUAUUUGUGUAACUUUAUUGGUGUCGCUAUGGUCCAACGCAUAUGCUCAAGAAUACUUACCACCUAAAAUCGGAGGGGGUGGUGGUGGUGGUCCUAAGAAACCGAUACAAGAACCAUCGUUGCCAGCCAACUAUGACUUCUCAUACGACGUGCAAGACAACGGCGUGAGCCUGGACUUCGGGCACAACGAGAAGAGGAAAGAGGACCACGCGACCGGCUCCUACCACGUGCUGCUGCCUGAUGGCCGGAUGCAGCUCGUCGAGUAUGAAGCCGGGCCCGAUGGGUAUAAGCCUCAGGUGAUGUACAUGGGCACAGCGACGUUCCCUCCCGCAGGCGGUACUUCGGACAAGUUCGACGGCUACCACUACAACGCGGCAUCAAACAGACAGAGUGUAAGACAAGCGGCGCCUCGCGGCGGGGCUCGCCAGCCCGCGGCGCCCGCGCCUCAGUCCGCACCGCCGCCGCACACAUCGCCACCUAACGCCACCCAGUGAAUACGUCACAUGGUUAACCCGAUUAGACCAAUAGCGAACAAAUGAAUCUUCCGAACCUUUUCCCAACUAUGUUGGGGUCGGCGACCAGUCUAACCGACGAACAAAUGAACUUAGAUGACAGAUUUAAUUUUGGAACACUACUAGAAAAAUUGUAAUUCUUAGCACUCUUUCGGUCGUUAUGGGCUUUGAAAUGUUUAUAUUUUAAUGUAAUUAUUUACUCGGGUCCUUUCGUCAACAAAAAUAUUUUCACCGCUGUAACUGGGUCUAAGUUAGCCAGGUAAUGGUAACAAAAUAGACUGUCGGAAAAGUUUCGAUGAAAAAUGAAAAAAUAAUUCU